CUUUUAAGACACAUGAAGAUAUUUCUACAGCGAACAAUUAUAAUGGAUAACACAUAAGCUACAAAGGAGAUCAGAAGAAAAGGAUCCAGAAGAAGAAGAAGUAUCAGAGGCAGAAGGCAGAGGCGAGGAGCUUGAUAAACAGUGUUAUGGCUAGUGAAAGGGUGACUUCGACUGCCAUCAUGGAUGACGUACAUUUGAAAGCAGCAUAUCAUGGUAACUCAGUGGAAUUCAUCGAUACGAAGGAUGAGAAUGUGGAGGCCAUCAGUCAGAAUCAUUUCCAGGGUAGCAAUGAAGAAAUUAAUGAGGUUGUACAUGAAGAGAGUGCUGUCUAUAUAAAGACUGAAGAUUCAGGUAAUAUAAAAAGUGAGAAGCCAGUGUUCGAAGAAGUCCAAAGUCUUGGCAAAGAAGCAGUUGAUGAAUGUGACUUGGACAUUUUGGUGCGUGAAGAUGUAGAUCCAUUAUUAUCUAAGGAUUGUGAGAGGAAGUGCUCAUCAGAUGGUGUUCAGGAAAGGGGUAAAGAGGCAACACAAGAGGUGGAUGCACUUGAGAAACAUUUCCAUUGUGAAGUGUGUGGCAUGAAAUUCUCUUGCAAGAAUGAGUUGUUGGAACAUUCAACAAAGCAUACAAAAGGGAAGCUUUUUAUAUGUGACAUUUGUCAUAAGUCAUUCUCUCAAAAAUCUCAUAUAGUGUGCCACAUGAGAGUACAUACAAAGGAAAAGCCUUACAUUUGUGAGAUAUGUAACAAAGCCUAUUCUGUAAAAUCAACACUAGAUGGUCACAUGAGAGUACACGCAAAUGAGAAACCAUAUAGUUGUAAAGUAUGUAGUUAUUCCUUUGCUUGGCAAAGUCAUUUAUUGAGACACAUGAGAAUUCAUACAAAAGAGAGACCAUAUAGUUGUGAGAUUUGCAGUAGGGUAUUUGCUGAUGGCAGUAAUCUAUCAAGACACAUGAAAACUCACAGAAAUGAGAGGCCUUAUGGUUGUGAUUUCUGCAACAAAGCUUUUUCUCAGAAAUGUAAUUUGUUGGCUCACAUAAGAACACAUACACAGGAGAAGCCAUAUAUCUGUGAAGAAUGUGGAAAGGCAUUUUCUCAGAAAAAAGGUUUAGAAGAACACUUAAGGACACACACAAAAGAGAAGCCUUACAGCUGUGAAAUAUGUGGAAAGUCAUUUGCUGUGAAAUCUAGUGCGAUAACACAUCAAAGGUUACAUACUAAUAAAAGGCCCUAUGGUUGUGAGAUUUGUGCCAAGAAAUUUACUGCAAAAAUAUGUCUGGUAAGACACAUAAGAAUACAUACAAAGGAGAGGCCAUAUCAAUGUGAAAUAUGCAGCAAGUCUUUCAUUACAAGUGCAAAUCUAGCAUACCACGUGAGAACACACACAAAGGAAAGGCCAUAUACCUGUGAAGUAUGUAAUAAGUCAUUUUCAUAUAAAAGGGCUGUAGUGUUGCACAUGAAAGUACAUUCUGAUGACAAGCCCUAUACUUGCCGUACAUGUAGCAAGUCUUUCAAGGACAGAACUAAUCUAGUAAAUCACUUGAAGAGACAUACAAAUGAGAAACCUCAUAGUUGUGAAUUUUGUGGUAAAGCAUUCCUAUUUAAAAGAGCUCUAAUGCAGCACAUAAAACGACACACAAAUGAAAAACCCCAUAGCUGUCAAGUGUGUAAUAAAUCAUUUAUUUCAAAAGGUAGUUUAGUGAGGCAUCUAAAAGUGCAUUCAAAGGUGAGGCCUUAUAGUUGUGAGAUUUGUAAUAAGUCAUUUCCAGAUAGAAGUAGUCUGUCAAAACACAUGAGAACACACACAAAGGAGAAGUCUUUUACUUGUGAAGUGUGUAAUAAGUCAUAUGCAUGGAAAAGUGUUCUAAUGUUGCACAUGAAAACACAUAGUAAUGAAAGGCCUUAUGUCUGUGAUAUAUGCAGCAAGACAUUCAAACGUAAAAAUAAUCUAGUAACUCACACAAAAACACAUAACCGAGGUACCCAGGAUAAAAAGGAUACCCAGGAUAAAAAGGAAACCCAGGAUAAAAAGGAAACCCAAGAUACCCAGAAGAAUCCAAAUCUCUACCUAAUAAUGCUUCCUCCUAUACAUCUCCUAUAUACACCCUUACCUUUAGCCAGUAAUCUCCUGGAGCCAACUCACCUGGCUGCCAAGGAUGUCUACUCAUCAAAUGUUAUCAGUGAUAUGUAAGACAUUGUAAAAAGAAGAGAACCUGAAGGCUGUACAUGUGUAUAUGGAGAGAUUAAUUGGUAGGAAUAUAGAUAUAUUUAUAUUUAUAUGUAUGCAUUUUUAAGCAUUGUAUAUAUAAAUAAAUGUAAAUAGAUAUAGAUAU